AUAGAAUGGCAGAGUUGAGUCAACCUCCUGCCCGGAAGAGUUUUCUUGAGGUCAGUGGCGACCGCAUUGCUCUGCCGCCUCUUAUCUCCUUCCCCAUUUCCGGGCUCCUUCUGGUUCUCUCCUGGACUUUUCUCCUCUUCCCCCAAGCCCCCCUCGCAGCUUCAAUCCUCCGAUCAAGCGGCCUCAAGAUCAGCCUCUGAAGCACUUCAACUUCUGGGUUCCUGUCAUAAUCCAAGUCCCCUUUUCUUCUUGUUUUCUUAAAGUAGAUCUCAGUUUCUGCAGUUGACUCUCGGUGUGUGCGCGGUCAUUGAGCUUGGUUUGGUCCUUUGGAGGAGUUGAAGUGAAGGCAAGAUCAUCUUCUCUUUGCAGUUUCAGCUGAAACUGAGGUAAGCUCUACAAAAAGAAGAGCCAAAAAGGAGAAGGGGGUUUAGCUGAUCUGCGAGUAAUCUGUGGAGUCCUGCAUUUUUUUUCCUGGUAAAUCUAAGCACAGAUAUUUGGGCAAUUUUCAACUGUAGCCCACCGUUAAUAGAUACAAUUCGAGCGCUUGGUUUUGGAGUUUUCUUGGGCAAUCCCCACUUUUCACAUUGUUCGAUCCAAACAAUGGGUGGGAAAUUUAGUAAGAACAAGGAAGUAGACUCUUCAUCAAUGGAAGACAGCAAUCCUAGGUACCAGUCUGACCUGACCUCUUAUGAAGCUGCCUGUGAAGCCGACCCGAGCUUGCAAAAUUUUGACAAGACCUUGCAUGACCGAGCUGAUAGAGUAAUCAGAACACUAGCAGGUGGUGAUGUAGCUCAAUCACUAACAUUCAACUCUCUGGGAGAGGUGACCACUGGCCUUCUUGAGAUGAACCAUGAAGUAGCUAAGAUGAUUCUUGCAUCCAAAGAAGACAUAUGGAAUGACAAAGAGCUGUCCCAUUUAGUGGAGUAUUACUUCAACCAUGGCCUGCAGAUACUAGAUUUCUACACUUCCCUCGAGAAAUGCCUGCGGCGGGCCCGCGAUAGCCAGUUGAGGAUUCAGCUUGCACUUAUGCGCUUUGAGGAAGAGAGAGCAGAGGAUGUGGGAGGGGAGAGGUAUGUCAAGACAUUGCAGGAGCUCCAGAAAUUCAAAGAAGCGGGCGAUCCGUUCGCGGGCGAGUUCUCCCAGCUCUUUCACUCGGUGCAUAAGCAGCAGGUGGAGAUGUUGCAGAAGUUGCAGGCUCGCAAGAAGCAGCUUGACAAGGAUCUUAAAUCUUCACAAACUUGGAGAAGGGUGACCAAUGCCAUAUUCGUCACCGCCUUCGUGGCCACUUUGAUCUUCUCGGUCGUGGCGGUCGCAAUCGCUGCGCCGCCUGUCGCAAGCGCUCUAGCCGCUGCUCUGGCAGCUCCAAUAGGGACAGUUGGCAAGUGGUGCGAUUCUUGGUGGAGGAACUACCGAAGGGCGCUAAAAGGGAAAAAGGAGUUGAUAAGCCUAAUGAAAGUGGGAACCGAGUUCUCGAUUUAUGACUUGGAGACGAUUCGGUCGCUUGUGAGUAAGCUGGAAAUCGAGAUUGAGUCAAUCCUGCAAAACGCCGACUUCGCUCUUGGAGAAGAAGAGGAAGAAGCGGUGAAGCUUGUAAUGUUGGAGACCAAGAAAAGGGUGGAAGUCUUCAUGAAAACUAUCGACGAUCUCAGUAAUCAAGCUGAUAAGAGUAGCCGCCAGAUACGGAUGGCGAGGACUGUGAUACUGCAGAGGAUAAUUGGAGAAUCCAGCCGUUAGUUCUUUUUUUAUGCUUAGAAAUUUAACGGUUAAUGCAGUUCACCGUCUUAGAUGAACUUUUAUGUUGCAAAGAUCAUAUCGCUUUGCUCCUUUUGGUUGAACUUGAUUUGGCUAAUGUGCCUUCAACCAAUCCAUGCAAAUACUAGGAUUAUGGAGGUCAAUAACAAUGAAGCAGUUCUUCAUAGGUGUGCUUCCAAAGUGCAGACGCCUCUCUCCGGGAGAACUUUUACCUGUUUGGCUUCAUCCUGUUAAUCUAGCUGUAAUGCCAUUGCCGAUUUGUUUGCUUGCUUCACUGAAAGAGAAAAAAAUUUGAUUCAAG